AUGGCACGGUAUUGCAUCACGAUAGUACUGCUGGCAGUAAUACCACGAUUUAUUGCCGCCAAGCGACAGGAUUUGCCGUUCGAGAAGCUCAAGCUUCCAUCACAGAUUACCGUAACGGGCAGGAUGUUGUGUAGUAAAUUGCCAGCUUAUGCAGUACUCAUCAAUAUCGUCGAAAAAAUAAAGGAUCCAGUGGGCAAGAAAUAUCAGGUAAACUGCGAAUCAGUCGUUUUAGUAUCACUGGUCGUGAUGGUGCGUUUAAAAUUAAUGGGACGAGAUUUGUCUCAGCCGAUAAGCUAUAAAGGAUCCAGUGGGCAGGAAAUGUCAGGUAAACUGCGAAUCAGUCGUUUUAGUAUCACUGGUCGUGAUGGUGCUUUUAAAAUUAAUGGGACGAGAUUUGUCUCAGCCGAUAAGCUGUACUUAAAUAUCACGCACCAUUGCAUACCGCUGGCAAAACGAAAAGAAUACAUGGUUUGUUAUUAA